AUGGUUCGUAUUUCAUCAAAAGUUUCUCAUCGUCGAAUACAACAAAAGCAACAACCUUCAUUACAAUCGAUUGAAAUAAAUUCAAAUACGAAUGAUCAAUCAUCAUCAAAAAUUCUUAAUGUUGUUCGACAAGCAUUACUUAAUGCUGCUGAAGAACUUGUUUCUCAACAACAACAACAACAAUCCGAAAAUGAAAAUCAAUUAAAUAAUACAAUUCCAUUUGAUACAUUAGAUAUUAAUAAUAAUGAUUUAAAUAAAUCGUCUUGUCAACGUAAUGGAAAUGCAAUAAAAAAGAAAAAAAAUUUGAAAAAAAAAUUAACAUGUAAAAAUAAAAAGGUUUUAAAAAGUAAUCGACGUAAAUAA